GCAGAUGCUGGCGAGUUUCGAUGCGAGGCUCAAAAUCCUUAUGGGAGUGCCAGAACAGAAGCUGCAUUAAUAGUGCGUUAUGCAUUUGAAGAACCAUUUGAAACAGAGAUCGCACCUGAAUUUCUGCAAGAAAUUAAAGCUGCGCAAGUAAAUGAAUUGCAAGAAGCCAUUUUCGAAUGUCGUGUAUCAGGUAUGCCGCUACCAAAAAUAAAGUGGUACAAAGAUGGUGAACAAAUGAAGGCUGAUGAUAAUGUUAAAAUUGAAAGCUUUCUCGAUGGAACCAAUCGCCUCAUUAUUAAAUCUGUUAAUCUGAAUGAUCAAGGCAACUACCGUUGUGAGGCUAUAAAUAGCAUAGGUUCAAUGAGUUCCAAGGCACCGUUAACCGUUAAUACUUUGGAAACUCUGAAAUUGGUGAAAGGCCUCGAAGAUCUUUCGAUUACAGUUGACAUGAAGGUUGAGUUGACUGUCGAAGUCGAAGGGCAGCCAAAAGAUGUUAAAUGGUUCAAAGGAAAAGAUGAAAUUAUUUCUGAUAGGCGCAUUAAGAUGAAAAAAAUUUCGGCACAACAAUAUUCUUUAGAAAUUUUAAAUUCCCAACCGAGUGAUUCUGGAGAAUAUAGAGUGGUCUUAUGUACUGAAACUGAAUCAGUUGAAUCGUCGAGUGCAGUAACCAUAAAUGAAAUAAGCAAGCUAGUUUGUAGGAAGGGGUUAAACGAUAAAACAGUACGAAAAGGCGAAAAACUCGUUCUGGAGAUUGAAGUGGAUGGCAAGCCAAAAAAUAUUAAAUGGUACAAAGAUGGAUCACUGAUCUCUGCGAAAGCAGAGAAUUUAGGUAAUGGAGAAUAUCAGCUGAGUAUUCCUGAGAUUAACGAAAGCCAUGCUGGUCAAUAUAGCGCUGUAGUCUCGGAUGAAUUUGGUACCAUUACAUCCAGCGCAAAAGUCACACAUUUUUCAGUUGAAGAAAAGCCAGAAAUUAUAAAUGGAUUACAGCCAAUUACAGUAAAAGUUGGUGAUGAAAUUGUAUUAGAAGUGAAGACCAAAGGAGAUAUCAAAUCUGUUAAGUGGUACAAGAACGGAAAUGAAAUGAAAGAUGUUACGACAAAUUAUGAUGGUAAUAAGCAUCAAAUGGUGAUAGCUCGAGCUUCAAUUGCAGAUGAUGCUGAAUACAAAAUUGUAUUGUCAAAUAAUUCCGGUGAUGCAGAAUCGGCAGCCAAAUUAACAGUUAAACAAGCCUCACCUCAAUUAGAAAUUUUGAACGGUCUGGUGGACAUUGCAGCUAUCGAAGGCGAGAAAGUUUUAUUUGAAAUAACUGCAUCUUAUACACCAGAUGAAGUUCAGUGGUUUAAAAAUGGAGAAUUACUCAGUCCAUCUGAAAUUAUGCCAAUGGCUGUUUCUGGAACAACUUGUAGCCUGACAAUUCCACGCGUUUCCAGUAAUGAUAUAGCAGACUAUAAGGUUAUCUUGCCAUAUUCUUUAUCUUGCUUUAUUGAUGCCCAAUUUUUAUAUUUUGAAAGGUACAAGAAUGGUAGAGAAAUUGAACCUAGUGAUAAGGCUAAACAAGUGAAAAUAGACGAUCAAAAUUACCAAUUAGAAAUUCCUGAAGUUGACAUUGAGGAUAUAGCUGAAUAUAAAGUUGUUCUAUCGAAUGAAAUCGGAGAAAUAGAAUCUUCAGCAAAGUUGAGUGUAAAAGAAUUUUCACCCUCGCUUGAAAUUUUGAAGAAACUGAAUGACAUCUCUGUUGGAGAAGGCGUUCCAGUUGAAUUGCAAAUUGAAGCUAGCUGCAGGCCGGACGUUGUUAAAUGGUAUAAAGACAGAGAUGAAAUCACUUCAUCAGAUGAUAUAAAGCUAGAAGCUAUAUCUGAAACGAUCUUCAAAUUAACAAUUCCUAAAACUACGGGAGAUUAUACAGCUAAUUAUAAAGUAGUAAUUUCGAAACAAGGUGAGAGUGCCUUCUCUCAAUGUUCUUUGAUUGUUAAGGUGCCUGCAAUCGCUAUUACAAAAGGUCUAAAAGAUCAAACAACAGCCCCCGGCGAAAAAGCUUGUCUACAGAUUGAAUUAAAUACUAUUCCAAGGCAGAUCAAAUGGUAUAAGAAUGGCAAAGAGAUUGGUCUUAAUGAUAAAGCACAGCCGAAGAAAAUAAGCGACAAAAUUUAUGAACUGCAAAUUGAAGAUACUACUAAGGAUGAUACAGCUGAUUAUAAGGUUGUGGUAUCGAAUGAAAGAGGGUUAGCUGAUUCUUCAUGUUCACUGAUUGUGAAACUACCAGAUUUAAGAUUUACGCAGCCACUUCGAGAUCAAGCUAUCACAGAACAUGAUACUGUGCAAUUAAUUUUCGAAGUGAAUACAUCUCCAGAAUCCGUCAAAUGGUACAAAAAUGAUAAGGAAAUAUCACCAAAUGAUAAAGCCAAGUCAAAGAAAAUGGAAGACUGUAAAUUCCAAUUGGAAAUUCCUGAUGCAAAAAAGGAAGACACUGCUAAUUAUAAGGUGAUCGUAUCGAAUGAUAACAGUAAUGCCGUUUCUAGUUGUGCAUUAACCGUUAAACUGCCAGCCUUAAAAAUCAUAAAGGGUCUUGAUAAUCAAAAUAUCAAUGUAGGUGAGAAGGCUUUAUUUAGUGUGGAAACAAACGGUGCACCCCAAAUUGUCAAAUGGUAUAAAAAUGGCAAGGAAAUCGGACUGAGUGAUAAGGCCAAAGCUAAAAAAGUGAAUGACUCAAAUUAUCAACUAGAAAUACCUGACGCUACUAUCGAUGAUUCUGCCGAUUAUAAGGUUAUAUUAUCGGACAAUGGCAAUUUUGUGGAUUCAACUUGUGCGCUUACUGUUAGACUUCCACCUCAGAAACCUACAUUUAUAAAGGGUAUUGAAGAUCAAUUUAUUCCAGUUGAUGCAUCGCGAGAAAUUAUAAUUAAAACAACUGGUAGUCCAAAAACUGUUAAGUGGUAUAAAAAUGGCCAAUUAUUAAUAAAUGAGAUAAACAAGCCGAUGAAGAUCCAAAUGAUAGAUGAUAACAAUUACAUAUUGACAUUUGAAAAAGUUACUCUUAACGAUAGUGGAUCAUAUACGGUUGAAAUCGAGAAUGAAGCUGGUAAAGCAAAAAGUUCUGGAGAAAUUACUGUUGAACCACACCUUGCAUUUCUUCAUCCCUUAAAAGAUAUGGAAGUCAUCGAAGGAGAAAAAGCAGAAUUCACUCUUGAAGCUAAUGCUCACCCAAGGGUAGUUAAAUGGUACAAGAAUGGUCGAGAAAUUAAAGAUGCUGCAGGAGUUCUCGAAAUCAAGGAUAAUUAUACAAAGUUCAGUCUCAUCAUUGCCAAGACCAACAAAGGAGAUGCAGCAGAUUACAAGAUUGUUCUGUCCAACAGCAUAGGAGAUAUCGAGUCGUCCGCUAAAUUAUUAGUCAAGAAAUCCAAAGGACAACCAAAGAUUUUGAAAGGCUUGGAGGAUCAGGUCAUACUGAAAGGCGAUGAUCUUAUCCUCGAGAUCAAAAUUGAUGGUGAACCUACAGAAAUUCGUUGGCUCAAAAACGAUUCUCCAUUAUCGAAAAAUGUCGCUGUCACAAUAGAGAAACUCGAUGAGCAAACAUAUCGAUUAGUUAUCCCUCGAGCCAAUGUCACCGAUGCUGGUUCCUAUUCCGUUGAAGCUGUUAAUGAAAUUGGUAAAGCACGAACUAGUGCUAAUAUUGGAGUAGAUGAAAAACCAGAAAUAGUUAAAGGUUUAGAAGAUUGCCAGAUUGAUGAGGGCGACGAACAAAUCUUCAGGGUCGAAACGAAUACACCAAUACGUGCCGUUAAAUGGUAUAAGAACGAUCAGGAGAUUAAUCUGAGUCACAAAGUAACCAUGAAAAAAAUAAAUCCUAAAAAGUUCGAAAUGAGUAUUGGUAAAGCAUCUCUUGAUGAUGGCGCUAUUUAUAAGGUGAUAUUAAGCAAUUCUGCUGGUGAAUGUGGUUCAUCAGCAUCUUUAACUGUUGUGAAGCCUAAUAUUCUGCGAAUUUUAUCGCCUCUGAAGGAUACAGAUGUCAAUGAAGGCGAGCCAAUCAAAUUACUUGUGAAAAUUGAAGGACAACCGAGGGAAGUCAAGUGGCUUAAAAAUGGCAAAGACAUUACAUCAGAUGAUCGAAUUACAAUUGAGGAAAAAAAUGAUUUAGGCGAAUAUUGGUUAGCGGUCCCAUGUAGUGUCCAUAGUGAUGGUGCAGCUUAUCGUAUUGUUUUAUCAAACGAUAGAAAUGAAGUGCAAAGCGGUUGCAUAGCUCAUGUUAAAGCCAAAAGAUUAGAACCAGCUACAUCGACACCAACGAUAGUUUCGCCUUUAAUUGAUGUCGAAUUACCUGAGGGAGAGACGUUGACGCUAAAAUGCAAGGUUGCUGGAGAACCAAAACCAGAAGUUAAAUGGUUAAAAGAUGGAAAAGAACUCAUUAAAAAUGAUCAUACUGUGAUAAGGAUGGCAUUAGACGGUACAGCAAUGUUGCGUAUACUUGAUACCACAAAGAUUAAUGAAGGCAGAUAUUGUGUAACUGCAUAUAACUCUGUGGGGGAAUCGAGUUCGAGCUGCAAUGUUCAUGUUUUGUCUGACGAUGAACUUCCAUCGGCGCCUAGAUUUAUUAUUCCUUUGAAAGACGUUUUUACUCAAGCUGGCCUAAAGGUCGAGCUUGGCGUCAAAGUUAAAGGGAUACCGAAACCUAACUUAGAUUGGUUCAUCAACGAUGUACGAAUCAUUUUUGAUGAUGAAAUCAGGUUUGAUGACAUAGGCGACGGAAAUUGGACAUUGAUUAUUAAUUCUGCUAGAAUUGACCAAACUGGCCGAAUUAGAUGCGUCGCUACGAACAAAAAUGGGAAGGCUGAGUGUGAUUCAUUUUUCACUGUCACAGAAGUCAGACCAUCUAGGAUAAAAGCUGAUGAAGGUUACCCACCCAGAUUCAAUGUGCCGCUAUGGGAUCGACGUAUUCCUGACGGUCAGUUAAUGAUUAUUGAAUGCCAUGUCGAUGCUAAACCACUUGCGGAUAUUCAGUGGAAUAAGGAUGGCAUAUUAUUACAAGAAAGCGAGAAAAUUUCUAUCAACAAUACUUCAGAUGGUGCAUGCCGAUUACGUAUAUACGCAUUCAGUCAAUCAGAUAUUGGCUUGUAUACAUGUAUUGCAACUAAUGCUUUGGGUAGUGCGGACACUUGUGCCAAUCUUAAUAUACAAGUGGAAGAAAUAAAUGAGGUAAAGUCAAAACUACAAUUUGCUCCUCGUUUCAAUCCCCCAUUGGUCGACAAAUACAGUGAACCAGGUGAAAAAAUCUAUCUUUCGUGUCGAGUCGAAGCAGAACCAAAGCCUUCUGUAACUUGGUUUAAGGAUGGACUUCCACUGCGUAAUGAUGGAAGAACUUUAGUGGAAGUUGAUGAAGUCGGAAACUGUCUUCUAACCAUAUUAUCAGCCAAUGAAUCAGAUAGUGGUGCCUACAGAUGUGUAGCAGCGAAUGAGCUUGGCAGUACAAAUACAGCUUGUACGGUGAAUGUGAAAAAAUACAAAGAGGCAAUUAAAAAAGAAGGUGAAAAACCGUUCUUUACGAAAGGAAUUGUGGACAAAUGGGCUGAUAAGGGUGAAACUCUGAAAUUGACAUGUGCUGUCGUCGGUGAUCCAACACCAGAUAUCCGUUGGUAUCGUAAUGGUACUUUGAUUCGUACAUCUGGACGCUACAAACUAGAAAACUUAUAUGAUGGAACCUGUUCAUUAACUGUAGUGGAUAGCAAAAUGACUGAUGAAGGUAUUUAUCGUUGUGAAGCAGAAAAUAUUUAUGGAAAAGCCAAUACUCAAUCAACAAUACAUGUCGAAGUUCCAAUUGCUAAAAUUGAGCCAAAGAAGAUCGGUCAAGGAGAAGCUCCUCGAUUUGUUGUACCACUGGAAGAUUUGUCCACCCUUAUUGAUUCUUCUAUUGAACUGGAAUGCAGAGUGACUGGUGAUCCAAUGCCAACAGUUAAAUGGUCUAAGGAUGGUGCCGUAAUGCUUGAUGAUCCUCGUUAUGUGUGGGAAACUGACGCUAGCGCUGGAUUCUAUAAAUUAAAGAUUGAUUUUGCACAAAUUUGUGACGAGGGCACUUAUCGUUGUGUUGCAUCAAAUGAGACCGGUUCUGCAACUAGCAAAGCAUUUGUGAGAAUUGAUGAUGGGAAGGAUCUUUCUAAAAGUCCUGAAAUAUAUCCACCGUUCUUCACCAUUUCUAUUGGAGAUAUUCGAGUUGUCGAAGGGCAGCCACUGAAAUUGGAAUGCAAAGUAGAAGGGCUUCCACUCAAAAGUCUUAUUUGGUAUAAAGAUGGUGAACGAAUUCUUCCAUCUGAUCAUGUUCAUAUGGAGAUGGAUGGAGAAGGCCGUGCACGAUUAAUAAUUCCACACUGUGCUGUUGAAGACGAAGGACUGUAUCGCGUAAUUGCUACGAAUGCAAUAGGAUCGGCCCACGACAAAGGUACAGCUAUCGUAAAAAGAUUGCCAAAAGAUCAUGAAGAAUAUUUGCUAAAUGGACAUCAAUUCGAUUUGUACCGCGCACCAAAAGUUAUUAUUCCUUUGGAAUCUUGCAAAAUACCGGAGGAAGGUCAUUUAGCACUGCGGUGUAAAUUCAGCGGUGAUCCUCGGCCGAGCAUUAAAUGGUUCAAGGAUGGUGAAAGACUGUAUGCUUAUGGAAGAUGUCAGCUGAACGAAUCAGAUGAUGGAUCUUGUGAACUUGUGAUCAAUAACAUUAGUCGAUUUGAUGCUGGAAACUAUCGAUGCGUGGCUGAAAAUAUUUACGGGAGCGCUAGAACUAUAAACGAAGUUGUCGUACAAAUGAAAGAGCGAAAACCGUUGAAGGAUUUCGAGGAAGAAAUGCGAGAGGGAAAUGCGCCUGGAUUUUCUAUUCCUUUGACAGUAAAGCGUGUAAAAGUAGGCGCGGAUGUUGUUCUUGAAUGUCUCCCCUAUGGCAAACCAUUUCCAAAUAUUACCUGGCUUAAGGAUGGCAUUGAGAUUGAUUUUAGCGAUAGAAUAAAGGCGGAAAGUACAGCUGACGGCAUACAGAAGUUAAUUCUUAAUGACGUUGAUUUUUCAUCGGAGGGCUUCUAUCGUUGUGUCGCUACCAAUGAAUAUGGAACUGCCUCAACAAAAGGAGAACUAAAUAUCGAUGAUGGUUUAGGCGAUCGAUCAUUGUUAAUGAAGCGUGUUGAACCAGUCGAUCUUGAACCAAAAGAAAGCAAGCCACGAAUCCGACCUGGCCUUUAUAAUAUCAGUGCGCAUCAUGGCACUACUAUUGAAAUGCAAGUUUGUGUAAUCGGUUGGCCUGUACCAAUCGUCAAAUGGUUCAAAAACGAUGAAGAAAUUAAAUCUGACGGCCCUGAUGGACGGCGCUUAAUUUGGGAAGAUGAUCGAGGCAUUCACCACUGCAUUAUUUUAAAUUGUAUAUCUGAAGAUGAAGGUGAUUAUUCAGUUGAAGCGACUAAUAAACUUGGCAUAGCAAGGUCUGAAGGCGGUAUAACAGUCAUCAGGCCAAGAGAGGUGCAACUGUAUGAUGAAGACAGAAGUGGAUAUCCUUAUCCUCCUGGCUUUAUUCGACAAUUAAAGAAUAAACAUACCUUUUCUCAUAUGCCUGCCAUUUUUGAUUGUCUUGUCGUUGGUAAUCCACCACCACAAUCAUGUGGAGGUGGUUCCCACGCUCUCAUAAUUUUAGAUACGAAGCCAGAAGAUGUCGGCCAAUACAUGGCUGUGGCUAGAAAUGCAUAUGGAACUGCUAAAAGUAGUGCGUUGCUAGAUGUUACCAUACCACAUCUUGACGAAAUAAAAUUCAAUGGGACAACAGAUGUGACACCAUAUCUGAUUGAAGAGUAUGGCUUUAAAAAGCAGCGAUAUGCAGGUAUUCCGACCCCUCCUGAUCGAGGACCAUUUAUUAAAGAAGUAAAUGGUCAUUAUUUAACACUUUCUUGGAUCCCUACGAAGCGAACGCCACCGAGAUAUCCGCAAGUCACAUAUAUUGUCGAGAUACGUGAACUACCUUUCAAAGAAUGGGUAUUGUUGGAUUAUAAUAUUCCUGAACCAGUUUGCAAAGUGAGAAAUCUUGAGCUUGGCAAAAGCUAUCAAUUUCGAGUUCGUGCUGAAAACAUUUAUGGCAUUAGCGAUCCAUCGCCUGCUUCACCACCUUCUCGUUUAAUGGCUCCACCUCAACCCGUUCUUGAUCAAUAUAAAAGAGUUAUACCUCUUCUGGAUCCAUAUGCUGAAAAAGCUCUUGGUGAAGCAUACGCUGAACAAUAUGCUUGUGCUCCUUGGUUCGCACCGGGCGUAAAUGCAAGGAAGUAUUGCGCUGAAAACGAGCUCUUAACUAUUAAUCUGUUUGUAUCUGGUUAUCCUGAUCCAAAUAUAAUGUGGAAAUUCCGUGGAAUAGAUAUUGACGCAUCGAGCAUUUCAUCUAGAAGUCAUGUGGUUACCCAUGGCGGAAUGGAAACAACUUUGACUGUUAGUGGUUUUAAUAAAGAAGAUGUUGGCCAAUACCAGUGUAUUGCAACAAAUCAAUAUGGCGAGGCUCAGCAAAGUAUUUUUGUUGACAUAGGAACAAGGCCUAUUUUUUUGCAACCAUUGGUCAAUAAAAUUGUAACAAGUGGUAAAACCUUGCGAUUAGAUGUUAGAGUAGGUGGAAAUCCAUCUCCAGAGUUAAAAUGGAUGAAGGACUGGAGGCCAAUAGUCGAAUCCUCACGAAUAAGUUUUGGCGAAGAAGCACCAUAUUUUCGUUCACUUAUUAUAACUGACCUAAUGUGGCGUGAUUGCGGUAUUUAUUCGGCUGUUGCAAUUAAUAGUGCAGGGACAGCAACAACAACUUGUUCGGUUACCGUUGAAGCCGAUGGCAAUUUCAAUGAUAUUCAGCCAACAGAGAAGAAACUACUGGAGACUAAAAAAAUUAAGGAAAUUUACGAAAUUGACGAAGAUGAUGAAAAAAAUGUGCUCGCAUAA